GAGAGCAGUCAAAUACAAACAGAGUGUGUGAGAGAGGAGUCGUUAACGAAUGCCCUGUGCAGCUGUACACAUAGUGCGACUUGCACACAUCGACUACAUACUUCAGCAGCGCGUAAUAAUAUAGAGGGCAUUUUUUAAAGAGAAUGCUGUGUUUUUUAUUAAGAAAGAAUACCGAUUCAGAUAAGUGUACUGGAGCAACAAACUGACAGAGGAACAUAACGAACAAGUUCAACUACAAGAGAAAAGUGGAAAAGGACACAAGCAAAGGAAUAUCUAAAAAGAAAAAAAAAAAUAUUUAAUUGAAGACUUUAAAGUUGAGGAUUAAAAAUACGAAAGAAAGUGAAAACAAGUAUGCAGGGAUGAUAUCAAGAAAGCAAUAUUGAGCAGGAAAGAAUAAUGUGGAAAAAAAUACAAGAUUGACAGGCUUGCAACCAAAGUGAUAUGUCGCCCGGUGGUUUGAAAUUCACCUGGAAGAAAUACUUUAAAUGUGGAUCUUUUUAGAUUACUCAAAUCACUAUAGUAACGAAGUAUCGCUUCUUUAUGAAUAUUUAUAAAGUGGCUACUAUUGGUUCUGUAUAUUGAUCCGUAUAUUAUAUUAGAAGUCGCAUAUGGAUAUUGAUUUAUUAGUUUUACACAAUAUUUAUCAAGCAUUUUAGAUUAAAUAUUAGACUACAAUUUAACAAAAGUCUGACAGGUGACUGGAACUAUUACUCAUAUAUAUAAUUCUAAAAACAUCAAUGAAACUCUGUUAAAAAUGUGCCCUAACAACUGUUGAAAUUGGGGUAUUUCUAUUUCUUUGAAACAAACCAGAGCCCAUGCUGAAUAAGAAUUUGAAAUAGUUUAACAUAUUUAAUAAUUGCACUUUGGUUUACCCCGUUCGUUUAGGAUCUAGUUAUUUUUAGUUUUUCUUAAAACAUUUCCCCUAGUUUGUCAUUUUUAAUCCCGAAGUGGCUCCGCUGUGGUGUGGCGGCUCCUCUUCCCCGGCGGAUCCGGAGAGCGGAGUCUCUACCGCGGGCGGAGGCGGCAGUGGAUCCGCUGCUCCCCCGCAGGGUCCCAAAGCCGGUAGGCUGAAAAGGAUGGUGCGGCUGGUUGCAGAGCUUCUGUUACUGUUGGGGCUUCUUCUCCUAACUUUACACAUCACCGUGCUGCGGAGCAGCCCUUUGCAUCAAGCAAACGUGACUUACAGCAGAGAGCAUGGCACUGUGCUUACAGAGAACAAUCUAAAUGACAAGAAUGCAGCAUUGUCUUCGAAGUCUACCUUUGGUUCUCCUGGGGAGCGGCAGACUUUUCAUGAGCACCGGCCUGCACACAGACCGUUUCCAAAGCACCGCUCGCACGCAGACAAUGGGGGCACGUCUGUACAGAGGGAUGGACCUGGAUCCUUCAUACUAGACCUCCACAACUUCCCUGACCUGUCCAAAGUAGACAUAAAUGGACAGAACCCAAAUAUCCAAGUGACAAUCGAGGUGGUGGAUGGGACGGAUGCAGAGCCCGAGAAGGAGCUACGGAAGGAGCCCAGCUGGCCCUCGCCGGACUGGAGGAAUUGGUGGCAGAGAUCGGCCACCUCCGCCCGCCGCACUGACAGCCAGCAGGACUACAACUAUGAUGCCAACACAGAAGACAGCAACUUCCUGAAACCAGUGGGGGGCUGGGACCAGCCCAUUGGACACAACCAAAGGAGAUUUGAGGCCAAGGGGCAGCCAGAGUAUGAUUACAUUGAUGGGGAAGGAGACUGGAGCCCCUGGUCCAUCUGCAGUGUCACCUGUGGAAAUGGUAACCAGAAGCGCACCAGGUCCUGUGGUUAUGCUUGCACAGCUACCGAAUCUCGCACAUGUGAUAUGCCCAGUUGUCCUGGAAUUGAAGACACUUUCAGGACUGCAGCUACCGAAGUAGGUCUACUAGCAGGAACCGACGACUUCAAUGCUACUGAGCUGUUUGGAGUUGACACUGACAGCUGUGAAAGGUGGAUGAACUGUAAAAGUGAAUUCCUGAAGAAGUACAUGCUCAAAGUGUCAAACGACCUUCCCAGCUGCCCUUGCACCUACCCCACUGAGGUGGCCUAUAACACCGCCGACAUCUACGACCAUGGCAUGGGCACAGAUUUCCGCUGGAAGGACGCCAGUGGCCCCAAGGAGAAGCUAGAGAUCUACAAGCCCACAGCACGCUACUGCAUCCGAUCCACGCUGACCUUGGUGAGCACAACCUUGGCUGCCCAGCACUGUUGCUAUGACGACAGCAUGAAGCUCAUCACCCGAGGCAAAGGAGCUGGUGCUCCCAACCUCAUCAGCACCGAGUUUUCAGCCGACCUGCAUUACAAAGUCGACAUCUUGCCAUGGAUUAUCUGUAAAGGUGACUGGAGCCGAUAUAACGAAGUCAGGCCCCCGAAUAAUGGACAGAAAUGUGUUGAAAACCCAUUAGAGGAGGACUACUAUAAACAGUUUCAAGAGGCCAGGGAAUUCUAAUAGUAUUGGUAAUCUAUCCCUAUACCCAGAUACCCAAACCCCACCACCCUGAUCUUUAGAGAUCAAGAAUCCAUUUUGAAGAAAGUUUCUGAAUUUUGCAAAGAGGGUUCAACCACUUUAUUUCCAGUAUACUUGCUGUUAAAGGUUUGUGUGAAGAAUACAGUGUAAUUAGAACUGACCUUGGCUUAUCUCCCUCAAACUCAAAACUCUGAGGGACACACCAGACUCCCAUGUGUUAGUCUGUAUAAUUGAAAUUACAAAAAGAUAGUUUUGUGACAAUAACAAGGUACAGUUGGGUUCUUCAUUUUCUUAUAUUCUGAAUCUAUCAACACCUUUCAGACUAAAACUGCUGAGAUGUUGUUUUUGCAAAAUGUACUUUUGUUUGGUCUGUCAUUGUAUCAGGCUUCAAAGAGAAUGGACAGUAAAUUAUGGUCCAGACAGGGGGGGGGGUAAAAAUACAAGAUGAUAUUUUCUGAUAAUUCCUGGUUCCGUCUGUGAAGUAAAAUUCAUAUUCUGUAACAAUAAUGGGUCUACAAAAACAGAAAAAGACAAAUUGAGCAAAACCACCAGUGACUUGGCACUGGGAUGGUGUUUCACUUGCAAAAAGGACUGAGGCAAGUGCAAUAUGCUUUAAAGUCUCCUGUUAUUUCAAACACAGACAAUCAAAGGGAAGCAAAAAUGCGUUUAAUCUCAUUUUCAACAAAUAGGACUGGGUGCAGAGUCCAACCGCAGCAUUCAGAGUAUUUCUGUGGAUGGGAAUCAUUUACAGGGACUCAAACCAUAAACAGAGGAAGUGGCACUUUUUGAUAUUUUACAAGCUUGAACAUUUUUCCCCAUAUUUGCUUGGUUAUAAUGUUCAUGCCCCCCUCUAAGCUUGUGUAUUUAGCAUGUACCAAAUACUAAGACUAUGCUAUAGAGUCCUAUUAUUAUUUUUAAGGCUUGUUUUGGUCCUGAAGGUUCUUAUUGAUGUAUAAAAAAGGGGGAAAAAAAGGCUGCAUUAUUUUUGUAAAGUAUUUAUUAAUUUGUAGCAACAUCCCACACACUGGGCAUUUGUAUGUGGUCUGCUUUUGUGGGUCACUAGUUGAUGUAAGCAAAGGGGAUGUCUGUACCCAAAGACCUCUCUGGAAAAUGAACAUAUAAAUAAAAA